CCUCUCAUCACUCGCCUCUCCUUCUUAAAACGAAAACCCUCACACGACAUACUCUCUCCAUCUUCAAACGAACGGUGGCCAACCCCUCAUUCUUCUCUUUCUCAGAUGCGGCGGUGGUGGAUACACUCCCUUUUAAACCCUCAAACCCUAAUUCUAUUACAUUUGCGGCGCUGUAGAACUCUCUUCACUCUACGGUCGUAUCCAUAAUGUUUGUUGACAAACCCUUCUCCCACUUCUCUGACGGCUUCCACCACCUCGGUCAUUCCAAUUUCCAAACCCUAAUGGCACCUAAGAAGGAGAAGGCACCGCCACCGUCGUCAAAGCCGGCGAAAUCCGGAGGAGGAAAACAGAAGAAUAAGAAAUGGAGCAAGGGUAAGCAAAAGGAAAAGGUCAAUAACAUGGUCUUGUUAGACCAAGGCACCUACGAUAAGCUUCUUACUGAAGCUCCCAAGUACAAACUCAUCACUCUGUCUGUUCUCUCCGAUCGUCUACUUCUCACUGAAAUUAAUGGAUCUUUGGCACGUCGUGCGAUCAAGGAUUUGAUGGCGAGAGGUUUGAUUAGGUUUGUUUCUACUCAUGCUAGCCAACAGAUUUACACUAGAGCCACUAAUACAUAAGCGGUUUGAGGUGUUUAUUUAUUUUUCAGAUUUUGUUUAGGGAAAUAUUAUGAGGACGAGUUGGUUUACAUGUUAUUUUAUUGCUUCGGUUUAUUUUGCUUAAGACUGUUAAAAUUUUGUUUUUGAUUAAUGAUGACUAGUUAAAUUUGGGCGAAUAUCUCUAACAGUUUUGAUUAAUGUGGU